CAUAUUCCUCAUCAAAACAAUUUCCCAAGUUGUGGAGAGAAGAAUCAUCAUCCCACCUUCCUCCCUCUCUCCCCAAUCCACAUGGCGGCCUCCGUCGAGAACCGGCAAUUCCCGCUCCUCGAACCGGGCCUACCCGGCGUCGGCCGCCCCUUCAAACCCGCCCUCAACCGCCCCGGUUCACCGGUUCGCGCCUACAACUUCCCUCCCUCAAACAAGCCCCUCCCCAGCGGCAAUGCUACUAGCCUCGAUUACUCAUCCAGCAGCGACGACGACGACGACGAAGCCGACUCCAACUACUCCCUCCUCAUCAAGAAGGGCAACGCCGAGCUCGAGCCCUCCGUCCUCGACUCCAGAGACGAGUUCACCGCCGACAACUGGAUCGAGCGCAACCCCUCCAUGGUCCGCCUCACCGGGAAACACCCCUUCAACGCCGAGGCGCCGCUCCCCCGCCUCAUGCACCACGGCUUCAUCACCCCCGUCCCGCUCCACUACGUCCGCAACCACGGCGCCGUGCCUAAGGCCUCGUGGGACGACUGGACCGUCGAGAUAACCGGUCUGGUUAAAAAGCCGGUCCGGCUCACCAUGCGCCAGCUGGAGACCGAGUUCCCAACCCGGGAAUUCCCGGUCAGCCUCGUCUGCGCCGGGAACCGCCGCAAGGAGCAGAACAUGGUCAACCAGACCAUCGGCUUCAACUGGGGCGCGGCCGGCGUCUCCACCUCCGUGUGGCGGGGCGUGCCCCUCCACGACGUGCUGAAGCGCUGCGGGAUCAUGAGCCGCAAAAAGGGCGCGCUCAACGUGUGCUUCGAAGGGGCCGAGGAUCUCCCUGGCGGCGGGGGUUCCAAAUACGGAACCUCCUUGACCAAGGAGAUGGCCAUGGAUCCGGCGAGAGACAUCAUACUCGCGUACAUGCAGAAUGGCGAGCGUCUCUCGCCGGAUCACGGAUUCCCCGUGAGGAUGAUUAUCCCCGGAUUCAUCGGGGGUAGAAUGGUCAAGUGGUUGAAGAGGAUUAUAGUCACUCCCCAAGAAUCAGAUAAUUAUUAUCAUUUCAAAGAUAAUAGGGUUCUUCCGUCACACGUGGAUGCCGAACUCGCGAAUGCUGAAGCUUGGUGGUACAAACCGGAGCACAUAAUAAAUGAGUUGAAUAUCAACUCGGUCAUCACAACGCCGUGCCACGAAGAAAUCCUGCCGAUCAAUGCGUGGACGACUCAGAGACCUUACACCUUGAGAGGAUAUUCUUAUUCCGGAGGUGGAAAGAAAGUGACACGAGUGGAAGUGACAAUGGAUGGUGGCGAAACAUGGCAAGUUUGCUCUUUGGACCAUCCCGAAAAGCCUAACAAAUAUGGCAAGUAUUGGUGCUGGUGCUUCUGGUCGUUGGAGGUCGAGGUGCUUGACCUUCUCGGUGCCAAGGAGAUCGCCGUUAGGGCUUGGGACGAGACACACAACACACAGCCAGAGAAGCUCAUCUGGAACCUCAUGGGCAUGAUGAACAACUGUUGGUUCCGUGUAAAGACCAAUGUAUGCAAACCACAUAGAGGAGAAAUCGGUAUCGUCUUCGAGCACCCAACUCAGCCCGGCAACCAAUCGGGUGGAUGGAUGGCGAAGGAGCGCCACCUAGAAAAAACCUCAAACGAGGUCCCGACCCUAAAAAAGUCGGUCUCGUCACCAUUCAUGAACACGGCCGCCAAGAUGUUUUCGGCCUCCGAGGUCCGGAAGCACAACUCGGGCGACUCAGCGUGGAUCAUCGUCCACGGCCACGUGUACGACUGCACCCGCUUCCUCAAGGACCACCCCGGCGGCACCGACAGCAUCCUCAUCAACGCCGGCACCGACUGCACGGAGGAGUUCGACGCCAUCCACUCCGACAAGGCGAAGAAGCUCCUGGAGGACUACCGCAUCGGCGAGCUCAUCACCACCGGGUACGCCUCGGCCGACUCCUCCCCCAACAACUCCGUCCACGGCCCCUCCGGCAGCCUCCACCUCGCCCCGAUCAAGGAGGUCGUCGCCCCCGGGCGCCCCGCCGCCCUGAUCCCCCGCGAGAAAAUCCCUUGCAAACUCGUCGAAAAGACCGCCCUCUCCCACGACGUCCGGAAAUUCAAAUUCGCCCUCCCCGGCACCGAUCAAGUCCUCGGCCUCCCCGUGGGGAAACACGUGUUCGUGUGCGCCACGGUGGACGACAAAUUGUGUAUGCGAGCGUACACGCCGUCCAGUGACGUGGACGUGGUGGGGUACUUGGAGCUAGUGGUCAAGGUCUACUUCAAAGGGGUGCACCCAAAAUUCCCAAAUGGAGGACAGAUGUCGCAACAUCUGGACUCGCUGGAGAUCGGUUCGUUUAUCGACAUAAAAGGCCCGUUGGGCCACAUUGAGUACACCGGAAAGGGGAAUUUCGUCGUGCACGGCAAGCAACGCUUCGCCAAAAAAUUAGCGAUGAUCGCCGGCGGCACGGGAAUCACGCCGAUCUACCAAGUGAUGCAGGCGAUUCUCAAGGAUCCGGAAGAUGAGACGGAGAUGUACGUGGUGUACGCGAAUCGGACGGAGGAUGACAUAUUGCUGAGGGAGGAGCUGGAUUCGUGGGCGGACAAGUAUCCGGAGCGGGUCAAAGUGUGGUAUGUGGUGCAGGAGAGUGUGAGGGAGGAUUGGAAGUACAGCUUAGGGUUUGUGACGGAGGGGAUUUUGAGAGAGCAUAUUCCGCCGGCGAAGGACAUGGCGCUGGCGCUGGCGUGCGGGCCGCCGCCGAUGCUGCAAUUCGCGGUGAAUCCCAAUUUGGAGAAGAUGGGCUAUGAUUUGAAGGAGGAUUUAUUGAUAUUUUAGAGUAUUUCAAAUAGGGAUUUCUAAUUUUAUUUUAUUUUUUUUACAAAAAUGUGGGUUGUAUAUAUUUGUAUGAUGUGUAUCACUGUGAAAUUUGUUGGAUGGUAUGUCCUGGACUAGUGGACUUCACAUUA